AUGGCACGAGUGCAAGAUAACUAUGCCUCCAACCAACCAUCUUCAUAUGCAGGGAUGGCUGUCGAACAGGCGUAUAGCGCAGAGGCAUAUUUAUCCGACGAGGAUUACUUCCGAGAUGUCGCAGCGACCUACGCUGCAGAUUGGCAAAAUCUUUACGAUGAAGGACUUCACUCCAUCGAAAUCGAGAAUCCUUGUCUCUUAUUUUUCGUGUCCGAUGAGUUUAGAUCCGGACGCAUUGCUUGA